GGUACACAAUCCGAUUCCAAAAGGAAAUAUGCUGCAAAUUGAACGUGGGACUUUCGGGGAAGACAAUACAUAUUGUUAAAAGACAUCCGAUGCACACGAGUUUUGGGACAUGUCCCUAUUCCUGCUAGAGUCGUAGAACCGGCCGAUGAUCGGUUUGGAUCGGUUUUGAGUGACUCUUGUUAGACAGACUGACGGGGAGAGAGAGAGAGAGAGAGAGAGAGAGAGGAUGUGGAGAGGCGGAGAGAGGUGGAGUAGGGGUUUGAAGACGGAGGCAUGGAGGGUACUGGAGAAGAAGAAAUGGGAUGCGGUGGUGGUGGGUGGUGGGCACAACGGCCUUACAGCAGCGGCGUACCUGGCUCGGUCGGGUCUCUCAGUAGCUGUCUUGGAGAAGCGCCACCUCGUUGGCGGAGCUGCUGUAACUGAGGAGCUCGUCCCCGGCUUCCGCUUCUCCCGUUGCAGCUACCUCCAGAGCCUUCUCCGCCCCUCCGUCAUACGAGAACUUGAUUUAAAGAGACAUGGCCUGAAGCUUUUAAAGAGGAUCCCUUCAUCAUUUACUCCUUGUCUUGAUGGACGGUAUCUUCUUUUGGGCCCUGAUGCAACAUUCAACCAUUCAGAGAUUUCCAAGUUCUCCCAAAAGGACGCAAUAGCGUACCCUAGAUAUGAGAAGCAGCUUCAGAAGUUCUGUGACUUCAUGGAUCCUCUUUUGGAUUCACCGCCACCUGAAAUUAGGUGUGAUAUUCAAUCUUUUACUGGUACGCUGAGAGAUAAGGUACAAAAGUCAGUUUUUUGGACUCACCGUCUCCAACAGGCAUUGUCUCUGGGACAAACUGAUAUGCUGGACUUUCUGGAAUUCUUAGUAUCCCCAGCAUCGAAGGUUUUGAAUAACUGGUUUCAGGCUGAUGUGUUAAAGGCAACGCUUGCAACAGAUGCUGUAAUUGGGAGUAUGGCAAGUGCCCAUACACCAGGCAGUGGGUAUGUUUUGCUACAUCAUGUGAUGGGAGAAACUGAUGGUGAUCGCGGAAUUUGGUCCUAUGUUGAAGGUGGGAUGGGCUCAGUAUCCUUGGCUAUUAGUAAUGCUGCUAAAGAAUCAGGAGCUCAUAUUGUAACAAAUACGGAGGUUGCACAAUUGAUGGUUGACAAGGAUCAUAGAGUAGUAAAUGGGGUAAUGUUGGUUGAUGGAACACAAGUGCAUUCUUCUGUUGUUUUGUCAAAUGCUACCCCAUACCUAACUUUCAUGGAAUUACUGCCUCAUAAUGUUCUUCCUGAAGAUUUUCUCUGCGCUAUUAAAAACUCUGACUACAGCUCGGGAACAACAAAAAUUAACCUAGCAGUUGACAGACUGCCACAGUUCCAGUGUUGCAAGUCUACUCUUCAUGAGGCUGGUCCUCAGCAUGUGGGUACCAUACACAUUGGUGCUGAAAGUAUGGAGGAGAUUGAUUUGGCUUGUAAAGAUGCUUGGAAUGGCCUACCAUCGAGGAGACCUCUUAUUGAGAUGACAAUACCAUCUGUAUUGGACAAGACAAUAUCUCCACCUGGAAAGCAUGUGGUUAACCUAUUUGUUCAAUACACACCCUAUACACUAUCGGAAGGUAGCUGGGAAGAUCCCUCUUUCAGAGUGAGUGGAAUUGAUCUACUGCUGUAUUAUUUCUUCAACUUGGAUAUGGAAUCAUUUGCUCAAAGAUGUUUCUCCUUGAUUGAUGAAUAUGCACCAGGCUUCACUUCAUCAAUUGUUGACUACGACAUGUUGACACCACCAGAUCUUGAAAGGGUGUUUGGUCUCACUGGAGGGAAUAUCUUCCAUGGUGCAAUGGGCUUGGACUCUCUGUUCCUGAUGCGGCCUGUUAAAGGAUGGUCAGAUUAUAGGACGCCAUUGCAAGGGCUGUAUCUCUGUGGGAGCGGUACCCACCCUGGAGGUGGUGUGAUGGGAGCCCCCGGGCGCAAUGCUGCUCAUGUGGUUCUGCAAGAUUUCAAGAAAUCUGCCCCUACCUGAGAUGGAUACAAUCCCCGGAUGGUUUCAAAUAAUGACAGCUGGGUUUACACCAUAUGACUGGUCUGAUGCACCAUUGCAGGAAAUCUAAAUCCACAAGUCAUGUUGCAUCUGACAGAACAGACCUGCUGCGAGUUGCAUAUCCAAGAGCAAUGCUAUCACUCUGCAGACCCAAGAUUGAAGAUGGCCAAAACUCUGUUCUUAUCUUCCUUUGUGCCCUGAAACAAUACGCGGGUUUGCAGGAUUGUAAAAGUGCUGCUGUGCAUUAUCAGAAUUUGAUUGGAUCUCCUUCUGUCCUUACAAGUGUUGGAAUGGCUUGCCAAAGCAGCUUAGAAAUUCCCUCAACAUGUGCCUGCUCAGGACAUUCAUUUUCAUGGAAUUGAGCAAAUCAGUCAAUUGAGUUUUUGAGAA